AUGAAGUAUCCCACUAUCACUGCUACGACCGCAGUCGUCCUCGCAUCUGUCGCACUUCAAGUGCCCGCUGCUGCUAUCCCUAUACCCGGCUUACCGUUCACGCCUGGCUUUAUAAAUGACCCCAUCAUUCCAAGCAUGCCGACCAUCCAGAACAUACCUGCUGUCCCGUAUACUCCAAUUGAUAUGUACAACCCAGCAGCUAUUCCUGGCAUGCCAGAUUUAACAGGUCUAGGCGGAAUGCACACGAAUGAUGAAGGCACGCGAUCUCAGUCCACAGUCCGACGUUCAAUAAAGAAUUUCUUCUACCGGAAGACGCAUGUUCCCUAA